CUUCUCUUAGUCUUUCUUCCUUUAAAAUAUCCAAAAGCACUUCAAAAAGACCUGACAUUUUAUGUUUCUGUAACACCACAAAGAAUCUUGGCACAAAAUGCAUUAUUGAAAUAAAAUCAUAUUUAUAUAUUUAAUUUUAAUAUAGAAAAGGCAAUCAUUUAAUGCAUCAUUAAAAUUUAAACUGAAAAAAAGGAUCAAAAUGACUGUUGGCAGUAGUUAUUCCACUGGUUUUAUAUCUGGUAAACUGUCACUGUUUUUCUAUUGCUAUAAACAUAAAUAGAUGCUUUUGGAGCUGUUUUUUUACGUGUCCGUAAAAAGGCUACGAGGAGCAAAUUCGUUGUGUUACGCUAUGAAGUCCCGGUUCUGAUAUACAAACACGUUGUUGUGAGUGAGAGCAGCCAAUCAAAUACAGCUGGCUUUGUUGACAGAUAAAACAGCCAAUGAGUGACUAAUUUCUACGCGUAGGCGGCAUCUCAGCACAUUGACUUACAGGAAGUGUGUGCGGGGAGAUUUUAUAUACUUUCAAAAUCUGACGCCGUUCUUCUUAGUUUGUUAUGUCGUUUUUGUGUCAUUUAUUCGCAAAUGAGAUUAGCUGGAAUCGGAACUCAGGCUAUACAGCUAAUGAUUUUUGCCUGAUCAUCACAAGACGGUGAAGCAUGUGAUGUUGAUCGAGCUUUGGGGACUUUGGGUCGAAGCGUCAAUGGUUAAAGUGAAAUUUUGAGAAAACGCCCUCGCCCAGGAGACAGUUUAGUCUGCUGAAAGUGUAGUCUUAGUCCAUGUUGCAGAAAUGGUUCAUGUGUACAACUGUCACCCCUUCGCCUCUCAGCAUAUUGUUCCGACCGAACAAGAGCCUGGCUUGGUGUGUUGUGGUGGCGGUGCCCUUUUCGUGGUGUCUGCAGGAGGAUGCAAGAUCGAGGCAUAUCAGAUGCAAGAAGACCAGUGCCCUCUUAUUUGCCGUUUUUCUACCAUGGGCACAGUCCUUAGCAUUCUGCACAGUCAAACUGGGGACUACCUAGUCACUAUUGAGGAGAAAAACAAUGCCACUUAUCUCAGGGCCUACACCAACUGGCGCUACCAGGCUGCUGAGAAGACCCGCGUUGGGGUGCGUCUGCUCGGCCACUUCCUGCGAGGUUCCUCCUUUCGCGGGGCUCCUAAGGAGCAGAUGGAGAUCAUAGAGAUUCCACUGUUCGAGCCCCCGCUGUGCAUGGCCUGCUGUCCUCUGACAGGCGACCUGCUGGUGGGCUGUGCCAAGAGCCUAGUCGUGUUCAGCCUGAAAAGGCAGGCCCUGAACGAGCAGCUGGCUGUGCUGGAUUUUGAAAGGGUCCUCAUCCUCCACAUCCCCGGAUGGAGCCCAUCACAGGUGGCUUUCUGCGUAGGAUAUGUGGCCUUGCAGAUGGAGCUGGAGGUACUGGUGGUGAAGCUGCAGCAGUUGGAGAAGAGAUAUCUGUCCCCAGGAGACCAUACACCACUGCCCGUUGAUAUCAUGGCUGCGGCAGGCCUUGUUGAAGAUGAUGUGAAAAAAGAGCCACUUAGUCCCCAUGAGCCAGAUGACUUCUUCGUGUUCCCAAAGCAUUUGGAGUUGCUGGGGGACGACGCAAAAGACUGUGGAAUCUCUGUGUCUUUAGAGUGGACAGGAAUGGAGACCGAGGGAAAGAAUAACAUGGGAAUUACCUAUGUCUUAUACAGGAGAUUUGCUCCUGAUUUCUUUCAGGGCUGCAGUGUGGAGGAGACAUGCUUACACUCCCUGCAGCUCCACCCCAUGUACACGGGUAAUCAGGAUGGAACCAGUGACACCAAAGAGCCUUCCUGUAUGUUCUGUUUCUUUUCUCUGCCCAAUGCUGGAUAUAUGUACAGUCUGAAGAGCACAGUAGAGCUCAUCUCCACCUACCAGUACCCCGAGAAGACCCAUCAGGCUGUGCUCUGUGACCAGUAUCUAUAUGCCCUCACCAGGAAUGCUCUGCAGUGCUUCUCUGUGAGGUGCAGUGCUGUGGCAGCUCGAGCAGAGGACCCCUACAUUGAUACCACCAUGAAGGCCUGUCCUCCCUUCACGAUGGAAGUGUGUGGUCUACGUAUACAGCUUUUUAUUGGCCUGAAAUCUCUGUGCCGUGAUGGCAGCCACAUCGUCCUACUCACAGCUGCUGAUGUGGAGAGCAAAGAGGAGACAGAGCGAUCAGCCCGAAGAACUAUGUCCAGGAAGACUUCUAUCUCAUCAAAGCCUAAAGAACCAAAUGAAAGUGGCCAUGGCUGGAACCUGUAUGUAAUCAACACUGUGUCCACACUACAGCUGUACAGAGAGAUGGUGGAGUACAGUAAGCGGUAUGGACAGACCAGCCCACUGUCUCAGAAUUGCUUACACCUGCUGAGUGAGGCUCACCUGCUCCUCAGAGCUGCUCUGCUGGGCCAGGAGUCUUCAGACAAAGCUCAGCUUCAGGAAGCAUUCCAGGAGAGCUGUGCCCACCUAGGAGACUGCUUCAGCAGGCUGGAUAAGCGAGACUGUCAUUUAGCGCUCCCGUACUACAAGAUGUCUGGCCUAUCUGUGACUGAGGUGAUCCAGAGGAAUGUGGCUAUGUGCAGCAGCACUGUGUCUGACUAUGGCAGUGGUUUCCUCUUCUUCCUCAAGCACUCUCUCUAUGAGGAGACCAUGGAAGAGCUCAGUGAAGAGACGGCUAACACAGUGCUGGAUAUCUUCAGUAAAGCAGAGGCUGGUCAGCUGCCCCAUGUGGUGAGUAGCUCGUUCAUGAUGAAGGCCAGCCCUGCCUGUGUGCUGGCUCACCUGGAGCAGCUGGAGGCCUCUGGGGCCCCGUCUGUCACUCUGACUCUGUGCAAGGCUGCCCACGCCCUCCGCUUAGGUGACGUGCAGCUCUACCAACAGCAAAUGGACCGCCAUGCUGAGAUGUUGCAGGUGUACGGCUUCAUAGAUGAGCCAAAGUUGCUUUUGCAUGGCAGAGAGAAGGCAGUGGUACCCACUCAGCUGGCACAGCACCUGCAUGACACCCAGGAUGGCCUGCUGGUGGCUGCAGUAGUGGCGCUACAUGAGAAUAGCAAGGUCAAGCUGGAAGAAGCCGACCUCUUCUUCCAGGAGUUAUGUAAAGAUAGUGUGGAGACUCAGAGCAGUCCUCAGCUGCUGGUGGAUUUCUGGGAGGCUUUACUGGUAGCCUCAUCUCAGGAAGCAAUCAUCCAUGAGCUCCUUUUCCGUCUCACUUCCGUCUACAUCGACCGCAUCACACGCAGAGACUGCUCUGGCAUUAAAGCUCUCAAAACUGCAGAGGACCUGAUUAACUCUUGCUCUCACUAUGGACUGCUUUUUCCAUGGGUGAGCAUCCUGACUCCUACUCACUUCAACAUCAUCCACGAUCACCAGGAGGACCUGCAGAAACUCCAGUCUCUACUGUGUGGCCCCACUCUGGACGUGUCCUCCAUUCUGCCUCUACUAGAGCAGCUGCCAGACACAGAUAAUGCUGGCCUGAGUGUGCAUGUGCUCUGUGCAACCAAGCUGGGCCAGCAUGAGAGCUCCAUUGAGCGGCUGCUGGACCGCUGUCCACAGGCCAUCAUUCCCUAUGCCAAUCAUGAGCUGCAAAAUGACAAAUUGGCACUGUGGUGGCAAAAACUGUUUCCUGAGCUUUGUGAGAGGACACGAGUCUCAUCAGGAGAGAACAGUAUUUUGCUCGCUGCUCUGAAAGAGACUCUUGUGGUGGUGGCAAUGGAACUGAACCCACUGGAGUUUUUGGACUUGCUGCCUAACGAUGGGACUGCACACUUCUUUCUGCCUCAUCUUCUGGAAUGCAGCCAGAGAAAUCUUCUUACUUGAGCUACCAACAUUGUAUACAAACUGCUAGACGAUUAGUAAGUAAAAAUAAUGUACUAAAAAAUAUAGCACAAAAACACUAAAGGGUUUAUUUACUAAAGCAAGUAAGUGUUCAGGAGAAUGCAUUUCAGCGUGGUCAGCAUGGCCAAAUCACCGGUUACUAGUUUUACACAAGCCUUUGUCAGUGCUGAUGUUUUAGUAAAGUAAGCCUGAUACAUAACUUAACUGGAUAUCAUAUGCUGCUUUUAUCAAGACAGAUUUCAAAUAAUAAAAGGAUUUACUGACUGUACAUGGCAUGAUAGGUAAUGUGCUGUUACAUGGCAUUCUAAGGGCUGCAGAGUGGCGCAGCUCACUAAAAGACUCACAAGGGCAGGAAUUGAAACCCAAAGCCCUCUGUGGCUGGGAGAGAAUUCAGCGGGCCCUGCUGACCUUUGGGUGGAAAGAUGACUUGGUUAACAUCUGUUGUCCAUCUGCAGCGGUGCUGCCAAUCUGUUAGGUGACAUGUACAGAACUGGGCAGUCAGCUUUCUUCUCCAAGUGUAUGCAACUGCCCUGUGAUGAGCAGCAGUUUUUAAAAGAUGCAUUGCCUGGGUGUAAAGGAAACAUCUACUUGCCUCCUUUUGUUUAGUAUCAUACGACGGGGGAAAUGCAGACAGUGGGGGUAAUUCUCUGUCAGUAAUAUUAGGGAGAAAAUUGGGAAAAAAUAGAGCCACAGAAGAAAAACAUAACUGGAUGUUUUUAUGUAAAUAUGUUUUAGCCUGAUGUGGAUUGCUGAGGUUCAGUGGUUCUCAGUCACUGCUUGUUUUUGUGUUUUACCUGCCUUGACACACCACAUUUGUCUAAUUACUUGAACUGUUCAGUUAGAAUAAUCACCACAGUACGGGACAGUGCGUGUGGACUGGGAUCUGCUGUUCUGGUGUUUCAGAAAGUUUACAUAAUGGAGACUUUCCCCUGUGUUUUGUUUUCUUAUCAGGCAAUAGGUAAAACUGACAGAAUGCCAUUUUGUAGACUAACCAGUAUAUUCUUCUGGUACUGGAUUGGAUGAGACAAUAUGAGAGAGCGAAUGGGCCAAAGCAUGAUACACUGUCCAAAAGUAUCCAGAUGCCUCUUCUAAUUAGUGAAAUUGCCUACUUCAGGAUGUGCUGUUUGCUGACACAGGUGUUCAACUGCACGUACAGCUCAUAUACUCUCCCCAGAAAAGCACUGCAAUAGAAUUGGGCUGGGGGGCAGCUGUACUUGAGCCUAAGGUCACCUUGCACAAUGCCAAACAUCAGCUAGAGGGGUAUAAGUCUCCCCAGAUAUGGCCUAUGGAACAGUGGAACUAUGUUCUCUGGAGUAAUGGAGUCCCUUUGGGAUGAAUUUGUGAUCCAGAACUAAUCAUCCAACAUCAGUACCUGACCUCAUUAAUGCUCUUGGGAAUGAAUGCAAUCCAAUCCUCACAGCAGUGUGUUCCAUUAUUUAGUGUAAAGCCUUUCCAGGGGCAAAAUCAUUAUUAAUACGUUUGAUUUCAGAAGAAGUGUUGGAUGAACAGGGCUCUACAAACUUUUGGACAUAUAGCAUGUGAUGUGUGACAUAUGCCUUUCUAUGCUAUACUACUGUAAGCUAUUUUUAGUCAUCUCAUAAUACAUGAAUGUGAAAGAAAGCAGUUUGCACUAAUACUACUUAUCUAUUCAUCAUCUCUCAUGUACUGAUAUUUAAAAUGCUUUCCAGUAUAUUAAGCCAUGUUUGGUUUGUUUUCUUCUUCUUUCUUAUUUCAUUUGUAUUGUUUGUUAUUAAAUGGAAUUAAAUUAUACAAAAAUGCUAUAA